CCGACCUGAGAAUGGUAGCAAUACGCAAGACAGAGUCUAGUCUGCCGGAAACGCACAAGGAGAAGAAGGAGAGCGGGACGAAAGAAGCGGUUGCUAUGGCCGACAUGUUUCCAUGUCAACAAUAAAUGGACCAAGCUUCUCCUGAUAAACUAGCCAGAGAAGGAGAGGGGAAUGGCAGAGACAACAGAGAGCAAGAAGGAGGAGGCUGAUUACAAGAGGCUCCACAGCUUCCCACUCAUCAGGCACACAGACAUGCCAGAGGAGAUGAGAGUGGAAACGAUGGAACUGUGUGUCACAGCCUGUGAGAAGUUUGCCACCAACAAUGAGAAUGCGGCGAAGAUGAUCAAGGAGUCGAUGGAUAAAAAGUUUGGCAGCUCGUGGCACGUGGUGAUCGGGGAGGGCUUUGGCUUCGAGGUGACACAUGAGGUCAAGAACCUGCUCUACAUGUUCUUUGGAGGCAGCCUGGCCGUGUGUGUGUGGAAGUGCGCUUAGCACACACACAGGCUACACACACAAAACACACACACACCCACCCAUCCAGUCUGUCUCUACCUAACGAGUGUGUUUAUAUAUUUAUAUACACAUCCUGGAUGAUUCACCCAUCUCUGAGCUAUGCAGUCUUUUUCUUUGUCAUUUACUGAUCGUGUAUGUGUGGUGGGAAUGGAGGGUGUGUGUGUGUGUGUGUGUGUGUGUGUGUGUGUGUGUGUGUGUACACGUGUUUGUGAGCAUGUGUGAUGUCCCUUACGUCAUUGAUUGAUUAGGCUAAGUCACUCUUGAUAUAUUGUAUUCAAUAUCAGCAUGUCACACUCUUGACUUGUGUGUGCACAUACAGUAUGAAAUUGACCAAGUCUUAUCUGUAUACAGAUGUGAUAGUUUCUACAGAACAGUGAGUUCACUGCACGAAGGAGUCUGGUGUCUCUCCUACUAUCCUACUGAUGGAAUUCAGUGGGGCUGAAACACUUGCACUCUCUUUCCCUAUUACUUUCUGCUCUACUUCUUUAACUCGAGGCGGCAUGCGUGUUCUCAUCAUCUCCUCAUGCUCACCUUUGGAGAAGAAAAAAAAAUGCAUCCAGCUCCAUGUCUUUCCUCCACACCGCCUGUACGUUGGCACACUGUCGUCUCGGUGGGCUGCCAUGCCAUCUGCUGAAAAACAUCCUUACACAAGCACACACCCUCUCUCAGUCGCUUUUCUUGCUCUCAAUUCACACAUUCUGUUUAUCUAAUCCUCUCUCUAGAUUCUUGUUGCUCUCAAUUCACACAAUCUCUGUUCUCCAAUCCUCUCUAGAUAUAUUUUUCUCCGUCUUUAGUAGUAUAGUUUAAGUCUUCACCUUUCAGACAUGAGUCCCAUAAGCCACCCUUGUCUGUGUCUCUACUCCUCCUAUAACUGAUAAGAUAGCACAGGGACUUUUAUAUCCUCUCAAUGUACAGUAAAUACUUGAAUUUGAAUGUGAAGAUGGAAUCUGAUUUUGUAUAGGAUCGUCAUGGGCUUUUUAUGAAAGAACUUAUUGUUGAAAUAGUUAUUUUCUGUCACACCACUGUUAUACGAAUGUCAUGGGUAGGUGUCGUUGUUCUGAAUUUGUAUCACAACUGAUGAUAUUACAUGAGCUAUUCUGCCUCUCUAGGCCUAGGCAUUGCAUUUCAAUGAAUAUCAACCUAGGCAUGCAGUCUCAUUGCCACAUAGAAACCUUUAUGUUGCCAACUGUGGAUGUCACCAGGUACCAUAACACUGAUGCGUUGUAUUGUUGUUUUCACUUCAACACUGUGUGUUUGCAUAAAUUCAUUGAACAUGAAAUUAUUCCUGAAAGUGAUUAAAAAAUUUGAGUUUUUUCAAA